CGGGGACGAAAAGAACCUUGAAGCUUUUGGUGCCGAAAGAUCAAUCGAACCUCCAUUCAAAAUAAUUGAUCCGAAGAGUCAACCCAAUUGAUUGCGCUUCCCCAUCGCAUCGCAAUCAACCUUUUCCUUAAAGGGCUCCAGGAUACGACUCACCCUCCAGUUUCUCUCCAAGAUGCUUUCAAGGGUAGCAAGACCGGCUCUGAGAGCUGGUGCUGCUGCGGCUAUUCCUGCUCGUGCCGCCAACAAUGGAGCAGCAGCUGGCUACGCUACCCUACGAGAAAUCGAAGGUCGUCUAAAGUCCAUUAAGAACAUCGAGAAGAUCACCAACACCAUGAAGAUCGUGGCCUCCACCAAGCUGACCCGCGCCCAACGUGUCAUGAACGACUCCCGAAAGUACGGCCAGACCUCCAACGAAGUGUUCAAAUCCGCCGAGACCAAGCCCCUCGAGGGCGAGGGUAAGAAGUGCCUGUACAUCGUGUGCAGCUCCGACAAGGGUCUCUGCGGCGGUAUUCACUCCGGUCUCUCGCGAUUCAUGCGCCGACAGCUGGCCUCCGACCCCCAGCCUUCCGACCUGAUCCUCAUCGGCGAGAAGUCGAGGGCCCAGCUCAGCCGUACGCACGCCAAAGAAAUCGUCCUCAGCUUCGCCGGCAUUGGAAAGGACAUCCCGACCUUCGCCGACGCCCAGGCCAUCGCCGACCAGGUCGUCCAGCUGCCCACCGACUACUCCACUGUUAAGAUCGUGUACAACAAGUUCAUCAACGCCACCAGCUACGAGCCCGUCAUCAUCGAAGCUUUCUCCGAGGAGGCCAUCGCCAACUCCCCCAACUUCUCCGCCUUCGAGGUCGACGAGGAGCUCCUCUCCAAUCUCCGCGAAUACACCCUCGCUAACUCUCUCUACUGGGCCUUGGCCGAGGGGCACGCCUGUGAAAUCUCUGCCCGACAGCAGGCUAUGGACAAUGCCUCCAAGAACGCCGGUGAGAUGAUCAACAAGUACCAGAUUCUGUUCAACCGAACCCGUCAAUCCGUCAUUACGGGCGAACUGGUCGAAAUUAUCACUGGUGCUACCGCCUCGGAGGACAUGUAAAAAAUAGGGGGGGUGAUAGAAAAAUAGAUGGGGGGUGGUUGAUCGAUCCAAUCGCGCGCAUCUUCCCUUUGUAUCAAAGUACCCUAAGCAAUACCUCGGCGCUUCUGCCGCCUUGGAUGUAUCAAUCAAUUCGAUGAACUAGAUCCUCAGUUCCCUCUUCUUUC